AUGGUGAGCAGGAGUGAUGUGAAGGUCAGGAGGAAGGAAAUGGAGGAGGUAAACGGAACACCCCGCACGCAAGUGCAAGAGCCAAGCAGAAUACGGCUGCCCGAGCAAAACCGGUUUGAGCGCUCCGUUAGCCAUGGGGAGGUUGCGGAUUCGGCCCCUGUACGGACGAGGGUGGCGCUCAUCAGAGACGGCGUUCUACGAGCGGCAAAAAUAGAGCCGGACGUUGCUGGAGAAGAUACUCUGAGAAUCAACAUGCGACAGAAUACCAUAAUCAUGAGCACUCCCAGUCUGGCAAAUGCGAAGAACUACAGCAACAUCAAGGAAAUCCAAGUCAAUGGAAAGAGCUACGCCACAGCCGCUUAUAUAACAGCGCCAGAAAAUACAUCCAAGGGAGUUAUACACGGAAUACCGACGUAUGACAAUCAAGAAGACAUAGAGAAGAGCUUGGUCAACCAGAGAAACCCGACCAUUCUACAUGCGCGACGUAUGGGACUCACGGACUCAGUGGUUAUUGUUUUUGAAGGGUCUUUUGUGCCGUACUUUGUCUAUUACCGUGGUGCCGAAUAUAGGUGCCUCCUCUACAAGAAACAAUACGAAACAUGCACUACAUGCGGAAGAGUUGGACAUCGGGCGGAUGUUUGCCCACAGCCCGACAGCAAGAAAUGUCGCGGUUGUGGAGUACUUGAUCCAACUGACGACCACCAGUGUGACCCACAGUGCUACCUCUGCGGUAAAGGUCAUCUUACAGGAGAUAAGAAAUGCAAAGAACGGUUCAAGACCCCAUAUCUUUUGAAGAAGAGAAUGUGGGAGAAACAACAACGACAACGCGACGAACAACAAGAAAUGAACGUUUCGACGAACACCAGUACAACACAGAAUUGGAAGGAACACACAGCAGAAAAUCCAACGGAGGAAAAUGGCAAUGCCACCCAAGACAAAGGAGGACGACUCAGGGAUCGUUCCAGCUCAUUCCCGCGACUCGCCGAAGGAGAAAGAGAAACUACCCAACGCAGACUCAGAUCAAGAUCCAGAUCAAGGUCCGCACCUCACAGAUCCAGGUCACGGGCCCGAUCCAAGUCAAGCACAAAGCCGUCACCUCAGGCAGAGUCCGGAGUGGGUCCUGACGGCGGUCGGGGCAACCGCACAACGGUGAGCUGGGCGGGCAAGCUUUCCGGGGAAUCGCUCCCGUCUGGGAGUUCGUCUGAGGCAGUGGUAGAAGAGUCCGCCCUAGGGCAAGAACUAAAUCAAAUUAAGAAAAUGCUAGAGCAACUCACCCGAGAAAACGCAAAACAGAGGGACGAAAUAAAACAGCUAAAGGAGGAAAACGCUAAGCUUAGGCGAAAUCAGCUACGCGAGUCACCUAGCCCCAUACAAUCGUCUACCCAAAUUAUAACUCAUGUGUCUGCACAAGCGUCAGGAGCGCAUGCAGCAAAACGACGUGCAGAGGAAAUAUCUCACGUAGAAAGUGAAGACAUAUCAAAACUCCUAGAAAAGAAAGUAGAGAAUAUGUUCGGAGAACUAACCAAGGCAAUGCAACAGCAAUUCGCGGGAUUACAAUUGCAGCUUGGAGAAAUAAAACAAAGAAUAGAUAGCAUAGAAAAUCGACUAACGGCGGUGGAGAACACGCAAACAGAUUUGAGGCCUAUAGGAGCAGGUCCGGUUAAAACUAAUACUAAACCAUACAACCGGCCGCUAACGACCGAAGUAAUCAAAGUCACAGGGGAAGGGCCAGUUACCAAACAUGGCUCGACGUAGUCAGUAUACAAUUUGGCAGUGGAACUGUCGUGGGUAUCGCCGGAAACGGGGAAACUUACAACAGUUCCUAAACGGAAAGAAGGCGCCGGACGUCAUCGCCUUACAGGAAACUGGAGGAA